UCUCUGGUUCUGUCCUGGGGGCUUGGGCUUUCAUUCCGUGUUGCAUAUUACAGGUAAUGUCAUAACCACCCCAAGUGGAGGAGGACUCCCAAAGUUUGCAUUCUUGGCUGUAGCCAGGAUGAGGCAGAUGAGCAGGAGGGCCCUGGAGAUAGUAGCAUUUUCCCACCAGUAUCUGCAGCUGACCCCCUCCCUACCUUCUGGUACACAGAAGCUCAACCUGCUUUUUGUUAGUGUAGCCUGCUUCCUCCUGUGGGGAGGACACUGUGAUUGGGAGGAUGCUGUGUCUGAGCACUGUGCUGCUCAGCGAUGGUAAGACCUGAGAUGUACUGUUCACAUUGUGUCUGCCAGGACCCUUCCCUGCUGCUGGCCCUUGCGGUCAUUGGGGUUACAGUGCUUGUGUUUGCCCUGAAGAACAUGAACUCCAGGAAGAGAGAUCCUAUCACCUUACAGGACCCUGAUGCCAAGUACCCAUUGCCUUUGAUUGAGAAAGAGAAAAUCAACCACAACACCCGCCGGUUCCGCUUUGGAUUGCCCUCUCCAGAGCAUGUCUUAGGGCUUCCUGUAGGUAACUAUGUCCAUCUCAUGGCCAGAAUUGAUAAUGAUUUCGUGAUCAGGGCAUACACACCUGUCUCAAGUGAUGAUGACAAAGGCUUUGUGGACUUAAUUAUAAAGAUCUACUUCAAAAAUGUACACCCUCAUUAUCCUGAAGGGGGGAAGAUGACUCAGUAUUUGGAGAAAAUGAAAAUUGGGGACACUAUCCUUUUUCGAGGACCAACGGGGCGCCUAUUUUACCAAGGGCAAGGAAACCUUGCAAUCAGACAGUACAAAACGAGCAUGCCUGAGAAAAAACUGGUCUGUCACUUGGGAAUGAUUGCUGGGGGCACAGGCAUUACGCCCAUGCUGCAGCUCAUUCGCCACAUCACCAAGAACCCCAUGGACAAGACCAGGAUGUCCCUCAUCUUUGCCAACCAGACAGAGGAGGAUAUCUUGAUGAGAAAGGAGCUGGAAGAAAUUGCCAAGACUCACCUAAACCAGUUCAAACUGUGGUACACCCUGGACAGGCCUCCCCUUGGCUGGAAGUACAGCUCAGGCUUUGUGACUGCUGACAUGAUCAAGCAGCACCUCCCACCCCCUGGGAAAACCACACUCAUCCUGGUUUGUGGCCCACCAGCCUUGAUCCAGACAGCGGCUCAUCCCAACCUGGAGAAGCUGGGUUAUACCAAGGAUAUGAUUUUCACCUACUAGUAUCUCCUUUACUCCUAGAAAAUUUCCUGGGACCCUUUCCUCUAUUUCAGAGUGAGUUCAACUUCUCCAUAUUAAACUGGGAUGUUUUUGAAGGUGCAUCUCUAUGCACCCUUGGGCCCCCACACUGGCAUUCCCCUUUUGAAUAUGGGGUCUAAGAAGAAGUGUUCAAGAGGCUGGAGACAAAGUGACUUCUGAGACCUCCUGCCUUGGAGGCUGGAAAGAGCUCUGUUAUGGUUAUCUGUCUCCAUAGUAAAAUAAACUUAAGUAGUCAGCAGAUAACACAUGAAGUAUGGUUCUGUGAGAGACCCACUGGGCCUUGUCUGCCCUGCUUGAGAGUUGGCUUCUAUAUGUCCCUAAGGGGGUCAGAACUGCAAUAGUGUCACAACAGAAUUCCAGCAGAAUCCAAGUAGGAUCACAGUAACUCCCAAUAAUCUCUCUUGAACCUCUCUUUAGAGUGUGCUGCUUUUAAGGUCAGGCCUACAAAGUCUCAGGCACCCUCCAUAAUUCUCUCUUCCUUCUCUUCUGGGACACCUUGAAGUGGGAAUGGGAUUAAAGGCACACACAUUAGGGCAAUAAAUCCCAGAGUAAGUAGGCUCUGGGAACUCCUUCCAGACUCCCUACUUUGGGCACAACAGAGGCAUGGAAUGGAUUAUUUUUUGAGAAUACUCCAGGUGUUAAGCUCUGACCUGGCAUGGGGCAAGGGUAGAGAUGGUUACAUACAUAACUUCUGUUUCUCAACUUGCAUGAAGAUUCCAGAAGCUCUGCCUUAAAUCCUAUCACUAACCCCUAAUGAUACAAGGGACUAUUAUUGCCAUCUGCUGUCCAGGACCAGGACAACAUGUUGCUGCUAUUAUUUGAGUAGGCCAGAGAUCUUGAGGGGAUUUUGUUCUCCAAGUUGCAGAUGAGGAAACAGGUUACGAAAUUAAGUGUUCCCACUAAGUGUGCAGCCAGUAGGUAGCACAGCUGACUUUAAAAAAUGGGUCAGUUUUAUUCCAAGUUAUUCCUCUUUUCACAAAAACUGACACAAUGGAAGCAGUAUUGACCUUGGUACCACUGGAUUUGUUACCCACUGUAUAUGUGUAUGCAGGACAAUAGGAAGGGCAGAAGGAGCACAGAAGAUGAAUGCAGCUCCAGGGAACUCUCUGCAGUACAGCUGUCUUGCCCACAGGUGGCCAUACAGUGGAAUGGUCUCACAGAAGGCCUGUGGGAGGUCUGAAGGGAAGGGCUGGCCAGGCUUCAUCUACCUACCCAUUCAGCAUGUCUUCUGGGAAUCUCCUGCUCAGGGAAUGACACUUUUGCUGGGUACUUUACCAUAAGAUCCUGACCUCAGGUUUUGCUCUAAUUGCAGAUCUGACCAUGCUUGUUACCUACCUACUUUAAAUCCUGCUCUACUUGUACUCUAUUACCCACCCUGGCCACUCCUCUGUCUCUAUGACAUAUUCCAGGGGCCUAGUUUGCAAGAUCUUUCUUGAUUGGGCUCCUGCUGACCUCAUUAGAUUUUUUUAUUUCCUGCACCUCCCUUCUCUGAUUCAUUCUUUAGCCCAGUGGUUCUCAAAUGGGGGGUUUUGUCCCUCCUCUACUGUGGGAACAUUUGACAAAAUAUGGAGACAUUUUGGUUUCACAACUAGAAGAAAGGUGCUGCUGGCAUCUAGUGUAGAGAUUAAGGAUGCUGGUCAGCAGGAACCUGAUCAAGAAGCAAUUUGAGGUCAGGACUGGGCUUACCCAUAUAAGAGUAAAAGCUUCCUAAGGGACAUAGAGGUAGUAUCUGUGCUCGUCCUUGACAGGCAACAUUUGGCUUCAUGAAGGGGACUGGGAGAAAAAUGGAUACCACAGGGAGGGAAAGGAUUAAGCAAGUCCUGGAGGGAAGGAAGACUCAACAGUGGGUUCAGAAUGGCUGAUAAUGGAGAAGGGCCUGGGAUGCUCAUCUGUGGUAAUUUAACUGAGGAGUUCUGAACAAUGACAGGAUUAAAACAGUGUUUUGGGAGGUCAUCAUGG